AAAUGAGCUACAAAGUAUAUAAAAAGAAUGUGAGCAAGUAUUCAAAAAACAAGCCAAGUGGGAUUCCAUCGUCAAUGCAGUCUCACUCAGGCUAUCUCUUCACAAGUCGGUCUAUAACUCCGGAUAAAUAGCCCUGAGAACCCUCAAAAGAGUGGUGUAAGCUCAUUUAAGAGAUCUUCAGGAGAUUUGUCAUUAAAUAAACCUGGAAUUACAGUGAAGAAAUCAGGUAUUUACGGCAGGAAUUCAGGAGCCUCAACUGACAGAAGUCAUAUUUUGAACAGGAAUUUAUCCCUCAGUGGUAUCAGUAGCCAAGUGAAAGGCUCCCAUAGUCGAAAUUUGAACAGGACAAAGGAGUUAAAAUCAAAAGGAUCCAUUUCUAGUAACUCAAGCUAUCAGAACAUGUCUAAUGGUAAGCUGUCAACAUGCAAAAUGUUGCGUGGGAAGACAGGAGAGGAGACAGAUCGUGAACUGAAACUCCUUGAAACGAUUAAACUCUUAAAAUCUGAAAAUAAAUAAACUCUAUCAAGUCUCUAAGGACUCUGAGAAGAGCUUACUUGACAAAAUCAAAGAGUCUAGGAAGGAGAUGGAGAAGAUGACUACAAUAAUAAAUCAGUUAUGGCCGUUCAUCCAGAGUCACUUAAAGCGAGAGAUCGGGAGCAGCAAAAUUGCCAGUCUCAAACGGAUGGCAAAGGAAGAGAGUCGUGUUGACUUCCUAGACACCCUCUCAAAAGUCAUUGGUAAGGUCAAGAAAGAUGCUGAGAAGGAAGGCAGGUCCCUUUUCGGCACUGAUACAGACUCAAAAUAUGAAAAACUUAAAAGAGACCAUGCUAAAUUUGAUCAUAUUGAGAGAAACUUAAAAGCCCAACUGAAAGAACGUGAGAUUAGGGAAGCUAAAGCAAAAGAGCUGAUUGACAAGCUCCAAGUCAGAAUUAAGGAGCUUGAUGCCUUUAGACUCACAACAACCGAUCAUAUUAUGACAAAGGCGACAACACAAGAGGAAAUUCUUUUCCUUAUAAGAGCUAAUGAAAGGAUCAGAGCUUUCCAAGACAAUGAUUUUAUGGACACUGAAGAGAAAUUUGAAGAUGGAGGGUUCAUCACUAAUAAGCGCCACUACGAAAUCCUUGAUGAUUAUGAACCAGCCCCUUCAUUUUUGAAAGCUCUGACAAAUGAGAUCCUCUACCUUGAAGAGGAAGAGGACGAUCUGAUGAAUGAUAGCUAUAGUCAUAGACUCUUCAGCGAGAGCAACAUUAUCUCUUCAGAUUAUGACGAAAACAAACAUGAUAUAGUCAAUCCUUAUCUGCAUGUACAGAAGAUAAAUACAAUAGACCAGGUACCUGGGCUUAUAAAAGAUACCUUAGACGAGCUGAGAUCAAGAAAUGAAUCCUAUGAUGAACACAGUUAUCAAAUUGUGAAUAAGAUAAAGCACAAAAAGACUGAAUCUAAGAGAAUCAAAACUGCUAGAGAGAGAAAUCUAAACAAGACAAGUGAAUAUAGCAGGCAUGAUCCAAUGGGGUUGACCUCCCAUACAUCGACAAAGCUUGGCACAAGCCUUGACAGGGACAACAGAUCAGUAACUGAUAAGUCUUUCCAAGCUAGGAAGAACCAUAAAGUGAUUGAUAUGAAGGACUUAAAACCAGAGCCAAAAAAUUUAGUCACUGAAUCGACUAAAAUAAGUUAA